AUGGCUAUGAUCCGAUCACGCCCAACUUCCAUAACACUCUCAGACAAGGAGGUCAACUCCUGUUCCCAGAGGAUUCUGCUUUCUCGAAUACUCGAAAGGGGCAGGUCUCCGUUGGUAUCUCCAACUCCUCGACGAGUCCAGUCCUCAUCUGAAGGGCCAGCCUCCACUCAUUCCUAUCUUGUUCCUGACUCCAGCAGCUUCGAGGAAUUUGUGGAUUGUGGUUCUGGUGAUUGCGGUAGCUCGCCAGUUGUCAGCACCGGUAAACGCAAACGGGAGACUUCGUCCCCGGGGCCAAAUGCAGAAACACCACCACCACCACCUCCUCCUCCUCCUCCACCUCCUCCCUCUCCUUCUCCUCUGGAGUCUCUACCGUCCAGCACUGAUACUAAACUAGCCGAGCAGCUGGAUUCGAUAACACUGAACUUCACAUCAUUUCUUUCACCGUCCACCUGGCUUGGUCCGUUUGCUUUGGCCUCUGGAUACGUUGGCGGAUAUAUCUACCCGGAAAAGGGGUUCUUCGUACAGUCAAAGCUCCCAGGGUGCAAUCCAGAAACAGUAGGCUAUCAAAUAAAACCUCACGCUUCUUCAAAAUUAACAGAGCCUCGAGAUCCUAUCAGCACCCUUCUAAGCCCGAUAGACCCAAAUAGAGGACUCUCAUCAAUUCUAGGUUGUUGUCUUCCUAAUUUGAAAUCGUCCAACCCAGCAACCCAACCCCAUCCUUCCAACCGCGAGAUAGCAACCACUUGCACGUCCACAGCUAGCAUGUCUUCAAUGGUCCCCAAGAUAUCUUUCUCAAUCUCAGGUCCGAGUCGGUAUGGGCAUGCGACCUCCCCAAUGGCGAGCUCAAACAUCAUCACUCCCACAAACCACAUCUUAUUCUUCGCACCAACCGCAGUCAUAGGCCAACUAGGUGCGGUACAGAAAUUCAGAAAUCAAGACCUCGGCCUUCCCACCCCGCUGUUGCAUAUGGAGACGUGGUUUACGAUUCCAUGGAUGACUGUGCAGUCGCAUACGAUUGCGUACUCAAUUCCAAACGCGGUGCUGGGUGCCAUACCACUUCGCCAUACGGGAGAGACAUGUCAUAUGAUUGAUCUUGCUACGGUCACUGGGGACAUCUAUGGACAGAAUCGGGGGCCGGCUCAAACAGCAGCUCAACCUCAACCUCAACCUCAGGCCCAGAUGACGCCUCAGGCAUCGUCAACGCUUCGCGCCCAAACUCCGCUCUUCCAGCACAUGUUUGCCCAAUCCCACUCAGCAAAUCAACAGCACACCCCUACCGGACAUGAGACUACUACCUCCACCCCAGUACAGUCAGGAGGACAGGGACAUUUUCCCACCGCCGCAGGAACAGUGCAAAACCAUAACAAUACCAACAGGAUUACGUCCGGGCCAACGGUUCCACUGACGCAGUAUGUGCCCGUUGAUCUUGGUAAUGGGAAUGUUGCGUGGCAGCCGCGGUCGGGUGGAGUUGUUGGAAUGAGACGGAGCAGUGGUGAUUAUUUGGCGGAGUGGGAGGGAUAG